AUGAGCGACUUUAAUCUUCAAGAAUUCCAAAUCCCAACCACCACAGCUGCCGCCAUCGACAGCAACUCAGAAGAUGAAUCCAUUGAUUUCUCCCUUCUCCGGCUUGACUCCUCCAUCCACAACCACAACCACAAACACACUCCUUGCACUACUUGUGGCUGCUCCGCCUCUCCCUCCUCCAACAAACGCAGGUCCCCCGAUCAUAACCCACAAGACCAACUCACAAAGAAACCCAAGAAACUGUUUCUUGAACCCCAUGAAACCACCACCACCAACAACAAUGUCCCUAAUUCUCUCCCUGGCUUCUCCAAUAUUUGCCAACCCCAUUGCAGCCCUGAACCUUUCCUCCGCCGCUGCAUUUCUGAUGCUUGUUCCCCACCAGCUUUGUCCAGCUUGGUCCCACAAUCACCACCGGAAAGUUCUAAGAAGGGGAGUGCGUCUCUGCCUCCAAAGCCACCAUUGAGAAGAUCAGUGUCAGACUUGUCUCCUAACAAGAGCUAUUCAAGGUCUUCAAGUUCCAAUGGAAGUUCCGGUUUCAAGUGGCUGAAGAAGAUGAGAGAUAGCAUGAAGGAGAUAAAUCAAUGGUGGGACGAAAUUAUGCCUAAUGAUGAAAUGCUGGCAGAACCAUGUAAUUUUGAAGAAGAAGAAGCUGAGAAAGUAAGCACUGAAGAUAACAAUGCUGGUGCAAUUGAAAAGAGUGAUUCAAUGAAAGAUUGUGAAGAAUCUGUUUGGGUGGAGAAAACUGGGGAAUGUCUCAUCAUUCAUUUCAAGUGUCCCUGCAGCAAACGCUAUCAAAUCCUUCUCUCUGGAGGGAACUGUUACUACAAACUCAUGUAG